GGCGCGAAGACUGUUGUGUGGACGCUGCUUGACAAUGCUGUCCCGGGUGGUACUUUCUGCCGCCACCGCAGCAGCUCCCUCUCUGAAGAACGCAGCCCUUCUCGGUCCGGGGGUAUUGCAGGCAACAAGGAUCUUUCACAAAGGGCAGCCAAGUCUUGCCCCUGUACCACCUCUUCCUGAAUAUGGAGGAAAAGUUCGUUUUGGGCUGAUCCCUGAGGAAUUUUUCCAGUUCCUUUAUCCUAAAACCGGUGUAACAGGACCCUACGUGCUCGGAACUGGGCUUAUCUUAUAUUUACUCUCCAAAGAAAUAUAUGUGAUAACUGCAGAGACCUUCUCUGCCAUUUCAACAAUAGGGGUGCUUAUCUAUGUAAUUAAAAAGUAUGGUGCCUCUAUUGGGGAAUUUGCUGAUAAACUCAAUGAGCAAAAAAUUGCCGAACUGGAAGAAGUGAAACAGGCUACCAUCAAACAAAUCCAAGAUGCAAUUGAUCUGGAGAAGUCACAGCAGGCACUGGUUCAAAAGCGCCAUUACCUUUUUGAUGUCCAGAGGAAUAACAUUGCCAUGGCCUUGGAAGUUAGUUACCGGGAACGGCUGCAUAGAGUAUACAAGGAGGUGAAGAAUCGCCUGGACUAUCACAUCUCUGUGCAGAAUAUGAUGCGUCAAAAGGAACAAGAGCACAUGAUAAACUGGGUGGAGAAGAACGUGGUACAGAGCAUCUCUGCGCAGCAGGAGAAGGAGACAAUUGCCAAGUGCAUUGCAGAUCUAAAGCUGCUCGCAAAGAAGGCUCAAGCACAGCCAGCUCUGUAAAUGCAUCUGUCCCAGUUGAGACAACUAGAAACAGUUGACUGACUAAAUGGAAACUAGUCUUUGUGACAGAAUCUUUCUGUAUUGCUCUCUACUGAAGUUAGUUUCCCUUUCCUAAAAAUGAAAAGUUUGAGUUUCAUAUAAUGAGAGAAUUAAAACAAUCUAUUGGCCAGUAA